AUGGCUACCAACAGCAUCAAGCUGUUGACCGGUAACAGCCAUGGGCAGCUGGCCAAACUCGUCGCCGACAGGUGCGCAAAAUCUCCAUCUCGGAUUGUUACAUGGGAACCGCCAGGGAAGGCUCACGGCUCCGUAGGCUAGGCAUAGAGUUGGCCAAGAUCAUGGUCCUUCAAUACUCGAACAACGAAUCCAGCAUAUCGAUUGGCGAGUCGGUCAGAGACGAAGAUGGUGCGGUUCCACACACACAAGACGUUGCUGCUCUCUACGAAAGAAGUUAGAAAUCUAAUGAGUACUUUCCAGUCUUCAUCCUGCAAUCCACCGAGCCGGGCAACGUCAACGACCACAUCAUGGAACUGCUGAUCCUGAUCAAUGCCUGCCGAACUGCCUCGGCGCGCCGCAUCACCGCCGUCCUUCCCAACUUCCCCUACGCCCGCCAGGACAAGAAGGAUAAGAGUAGGGCUCCUAUAACGGCCAAACUGAUGGCCAACAUGUUGCAGACGGCGGGCUGUAACCACAUCAUCACCAUGGACCUGCACGCCAGCCAGAUCCAGGGCUUCUUCAACGUGCCCGUCGACAAUCUCUACGCCGAGCCUUCCACGCUCCGGUGGAUCCGGGAGAAUCUCACGGUGCAAGACUGCGUGAUCGUAUCGCCCGAUGCGGGCGGCGCGAAGAGAGCUACGAGCAUUGCGGAUGGACUCGAUCUGGGCUUCGCGCUCAUUCACAAGGAACGGGCUCGCCCGAACGAAGUGUCGCGGAUGACGUUGGUGGGGGACGUCAAGGGACGGAUCGCCAUUCUGGUGGACGAUAUGGCUGACACGUGUGGGACGCUGGUCAAGGCCGCAGACGUGGUCAUGGACCACGGCGCGAGCGAGGUCAUUGCGAUUGUAACGCAUGGCAUUCUCAGCGGCAACGCCAUCGAGAAGCUGAACUCGAGCAGGCUGAAGAAGCUGGUGGUCACGAAUACCGUACCACACGAGGAGAAGAAGAAGCUGUGCGAUCGGAUAGAGACGAUCGACAUCAGCCCGACGGUAAGUGCUCAUCUACCAAGUUUCCCGUUUGGUGUCAGGCAAAGCUAACACUGGACAUAGCUCGCGGAAGCAUGCCGAAGAACACACAACGGCGAGAGCGUCUCCUUUCUCUUCAAGCAUGCACCUCUAGACUAG